AUUCGUAUGUACGUAUUACGCAUGGCGGAGGUCAGCAGAGCAGAACGUGGAGGAGGAGGAGGGAGGAGCAGUGGGCGGUGCUGACGCUAGUACAUUCCAUGAACCACGUCAGCGUCGACCUUUGAAUACCGACCGUUCGCUGCGGCUUUUGCCUCCUUUCACCCCCUACUCGCGUGCCCUUUCUGUCAGAUCUCUUUUUUGGCUCUCUAAAAAACCCACUCACUCUCUCGUUCUGUAUCUUCAAUUCUUAUUUCUUUUCCUUUUUUGUUGUUUUUUUUGGAUCUCUCUAGUCUAAUCUCCGUUCCGUCUAGUCUAGUCUAGUUGCUUCCACUUUGUUUUCUCUCUAGCUCUGGAUUUUUUUUUUCUUUCUUUAGGGUUUUAAAGAGUCUGGUUUUGGUUCUCCUAUCUCUGAAGAGAUGAAGAUGCAAUGAAGAAGAUGAAGUUUGGUUUCUGCAACUCGAAGAGAGAAUAGGAUUUUUUAUCUCACUUUCUAGUUGGCAUCCCCAUUUCCUCAAAUCUUUCCUGCUUUUCUUUUUUAAUGGAACAUUAUGAGAAGCUUAAGGCAAUGGACAGCAGUGUCUGCACCAGGAAAUGAAAGAGAGGCAGCGUUGGACAUCUGAAGAGGAUGCUUUGUUACGUGCAUAUGUGGAGCAGUAUGGACCAAGGGAGUGGAACCUCGUGUCGCAGCGCAUGAACACACCCCUAAAUAGGGAUGCUAAAUCUUGCUUAGAAAGGUGGAAGAACUACCUCAAACCUGGUAUCAAGAAGGGAUCUCUUACUGAAGAGGAGCAGCGUCUUGUCAUUCGUCUUCAAGCCAAACACGGUAACAAGUGGAAGAAAAUUGCAGCUGAAGUCCCAGGGAGAACUGCUAAGAGACUGGGCAAGUGGUGGGAAGUGUUUAAAGAGAAGCAGCAAAGGGAACAGAAGAACAAUAAGGCAGUCGAUCCUAUUGAAGGCAAGUACGAUAGAAUUUUAGAAACUUUUGCAGAGAAACUAGUUAAAGAGCGACCUAACCCAGCACUUGCCAUGGCUACUUCCAAUGGAGGCUUUCUUCAUACAGACCCACCUCCCCCCACACCAACUUUGCUUCCACCUUGGCUCUCGAAUUCCAGUAGUGCUGCUGCUGUCAGGCCACCAUCUCCAUCUGUAACACUAAGCCUUUCUCCCUCAACUGUGGCUGCUAAUCCUCCAAUCCCUUGGUUGCAACCUGAGCGGCCACCUGAAAGUGGCCCUCUUGUUUUAGGAAACAUGGUGCCUCAUGGAUCAGUUCCUAAUUGUGGCGACAACCUGCUGAUAACAGAACUGAUGGAGUGCUGCAAGGAUUUAGAAGAAGGGCACCGCGCUUGGGUUGCACAUAAAAAAGAAGCAGCCUGGAGAUUAAGAAGAGUGGAGCUACAACUGGAUUCAGAGAAGGCAUGUCGGAGAAGGGAGAAAAUGGAAGAAAUAGAAUCAAAGAUCAAGGCUCUUAGAGAAGAACAGAAGGCUUCUCUUGACAGAAUUGAAGCAGAAUACAGGGAACAACUAGCAGGACUGAGGAGGGAUGCUGAAGCGAAGGAGCAAAAAUUGGCCGAGCAAUGGGCCACAAAACACUUGCGACUUACCAAGUUCCUUGAACAGAUGGGGUGCAGGCCUAGGCUUACUGAGCCCAAUGGCCGGUGAGAGAAGAUCAUACAUGAUUCCAGUCUGCAAUAUGCUUAAAUAUCCUGCAUUUUUACACUUAUAAUCUUGUUUUAUCUUAAUCUUUGAUUGUCUGUGCAUUCUCUUCCCAUUUUCUACCAUAUAUGUCUAUUUAUUUUCAUUGCCUGCUAGUUGCUUGAACUGACUGAAUGUUAUCUUCCAUUCACCUUGUUAAAGUAUAUCGAGUUCUGGAAUGAGAGGAUUGG